AUGGACUUGGUUUCCCCAGCCUGUAACAGCGGCGAGUACUCCGACAUCAUCUUCAUGGAUGAAGAGUCGAUGCGACUCGCCAUGGCAUGGUCACCGCCACCAAGUCCGCCGGCAUCGGUGGGGUUCGGCGGCCGCAUAUCACCUUUGGACACGGCCCUCAUCCCUGCGCAGGCAUCCGAGCGCCCCCGGUACUGGCGCCGCCGGACCUGGCGCUGGAACUCGUCGGAUUUUGGAUACAAGCGGCCCCUGAACUGGGUGGAUAUGCUACGUUCUUGUAUUGAAUUCAAAAGGGAACUGGAGCAUGUUAGCAGUAAGUGGCAUCCCCACGCUCCCCUUCAUGAUGGCAGCACAGAUGGUUCCUGCCUGUUGAAGGAGAGGCUUACACAUGCUUUCCAGUAUUUGAAGGAGUCCACUGAUUCAUGCCUGCUGGCUCAGGUUUGGGAGACUGUCAAGCACCAAGGUCGUCAUGUGCUUACCACUUCAGGACAACCUUUUGUGUUCAGUAAUCAGAACACCGGGCUUCUUCAAUUCAGAGACGCGUCCAUGAUGCAAAUAAUCCCUCCUGACAGCACUAAUGCAGGGGAAUUUGGGGUAACGGGUCCCGUAUUUAGCCUCAAAGUCCCAGAAUGGGGUCCCAGUUGUCAGUGCUACAACAGCGAGUAUCCACUGCCUGACCAGGCGUUACGCGUGUUUGACCCUCAUACGAAGUCAUGUGUUGCUGUUGUUCAACUUAUGAUGCUAACACAGAAGGUGGACUUCGAGCCUGAGAUUGAUUUGAUGUGCAAAGGACUUGAGGCAGUAAAUCUCACAAGCACGUAUAUGCCAUCCCGCCCAAGUGCCCAGAUAUCUACUCGCGGAGACUUUGGUUCUCCUCAAUUCAGUGACGUGCCUGUGACUGGGAAUGGGGAGUUGAAGGAAACAGAUGCCCCAAAUCAAGAAAACGGGCAGUGUGAAUCAGCUUUGGUGCUUGACAUAAGUAAAAGGAUGCGAGGGAACACUGAAAAUGCUGCAUCAAGCAUCAAAGUUGUCCAACAUAAUCCUUCUACGCAGUCGAUAAAUAGACCGAGAUCAAAACCAAAACCAAGAUCAAUAGCAUGGCAUCACUUCAAAAGGGAGGAUGGAGCGCGGGCGAUUUGCAACUAUUGCAAAAAGGUCUACGCAGCUGACACAAUUCAUCAUGGGACUUCCCGUCUCUUGAGGCAUCUUGAGCAUGCCCAUGGAAUUGACCCCAAAGCCUCAUCUUCAGAUACUAGUCGGAACUAACCCCGUUUGCUUUGGUUUUAAUUGGAUUGUGGGCAAGGCAACCAUUUUUAACAAUCCAACUGUUGGGAACUCGUGUGGGUGUGUGCAGAGUCCUAUGCACAGUCCCCAACAGUUCUGCUUGUAGCUUGCGUGGUUGUACCGUUGUGCUAGAACUUUCUUCUUACUUUUGUCAGUAUUACUCUGUUCCCGUGUUCGUCGCAGCUAUAUUCGGUUUAAAAGUGCAUUAGC